GUACAGUUAACUAUAAAAGGCGUAAGAUCCAGAGCCAGAACCGUCGAGUAAAGAGGGUACCGCACAACUAAGGCGUAAAAAUGAGACUUUACACAAUCGUUGCUCUUCUCAUCGUGGUUAUCCUUACUCUCGAUGCUCUAGGAGAAUGCGAGGGAUGGUUUGGUGGAAGGUCAAGAUCACGAAGCAGUAGUUCUAGCAGCAUGUCACGGAGUACGUCUGUUGGGAGAUCGCGUGGCAGUAGUCGACGGACGAGUUCUUCUAGGAGGACUGGAGGGAUCUUCGGCGGUGGAUCAAGGAGAAGCAGCUCUAGAUCAACGAGCAGGACUAGUAGGACUCGAUCGACAAGCAGAACUAGUGCGGGUAGUCGACGGAGGAGCUCUACUCGAAGAACUAGUGGGGGAUUCUGGGGUGGCAGUCGAAAAACCAGCAAUAAUUCUCCCAGCAAGACAAAGACAGUUAGCAUCAAGAAAACCGAAAGAGGUACGACGAUCACUGCUGGUAAGACAAAAGCUCACGUCAACAAUUUUGGAAAGAUCCGAGACAGAGAUGAAACAGGACACAGAACUGGUCUUGGCACCCUUGCGAAAAAGAUGGUUUCACAACCAGGAAAGACUAUCGACGCCAUUAAAUCUUUCGCCAAGAGUUACAAAGAUAUGAAGAAAAAGAACGUCGUGGGUGGAAACCUCCCUGCGCAUCGCCAAGCCAACAAAGACGCCACCUCGAAAUCCGAUGCGCAAACUGCCGGCGCAAUCAGCGCACUCAGAGAACAAUACAAGAACUUUCGCAUCAAGCAGAACAAAGACGGUAGUAUUCAUAUCGGUGAUACGAGGACCAAGAAAGAGAGAGAUGACACGAUGAAUGCCAAUAAGCAGGGAAGGGACGAUGCUAAAAAGAAGGGAUCGAACUGAUUGCGCAGAAAAGUAGGCUUCCAGGGGGCAAGCCUGUAAUUCAUAGCUAGUAUUGUUUUGUAUUGAGGAGGUAUUUUACUGUGACGUCACGCUAACAAUUUUUUAAAAAUUUGAUUUAUUUUUUCGUUUUAGAAAAAAGAGUUUGCAGUCAAAUUUUUCAUAAAGAUAUUAGUAAAAUUGCUGUGAGUUUAGUAAAGAUUGUUUAUAAUCAUGCUAGAGAACGUAUGCACAGUUUUAAAAUUUACAACUUUUAUUGAGAAAUGUGUGCAUCGCUUUUCCGCAUUAAAAAUGUCCUUUGCAUGA